AGUUGUGCAGUGAGCAGAAACACUAGUGAAGACGAUCACAACCACUGAUGCCUAAUGCUAAAAAACAGACGUUUACAUCAGAGGUGCUUAUAGACUCAUACUAGUGGUCUAACGUUACUGAAACCAUGGGUAUAAGUGACAUUAUGAGGCUGGAUGUGACCUCAGUUUGGCUUGUGCUCUCAGUGGUGGCGGUCGCAGCUGGUGUCUUUUAUCUCUACAGUCUGAUACUCAGGCAUUUAUCCAAGACAACUGUCAGGAACAAAGUGGUGCUAAUUACGGAUUCGCUGUCAACACUUGGAAAUGAAUGUGCACAACUCUUCCAUACUGGAGGAGCCAGACUGAUCCUUUGCGGAAGUAACUGGGAAAAGUUGGAGACUCUAGCUGAGAGGCUGAUGACUGAAUCAGAUCCAGCACUUACAUUUCCGCCCAAACUAGUGGAGCUGGACUUCAGUAACAUGAAGAGCGUUCCUGAGGUGAUUUCUGAGAUCCUGGAGUGUUACGGCUGUCUGGAUGUUCUCAUCUUCAAUAGCAGUAUGAAGGUGAAGGCUCCUGUACAGUGUCUGUCCCUUGAGAUGGACAGGACCGUCAUGGAUGUGAACUACUUUGGGCCGAUCACGCUGGUUAAGGGUGUUCUCUCGUCACUGAUCUGCAGAAGAACAGGUCACAUUCUUCUAGUCAACAGCAUUCAGGGAAAACUGACGAUGCCCUUCCGCGCCACCUAUGCUGCCUCCAAGCAUGCCGUUCAGGCUUUCUUUGACUGUCUGCGGGCUGAGGUUCAGGAAUAUGGAAUAACUGUCAGCACGGUCAACCACACCUUCAUAAAGACUCCCAGCACAAACUCAGCGGAUGAAAUCACAGCAAAAUCCAUGUGGACAGACGUCAAACCCAACUCCCUUGGUGUGACCCCUAAAGAGAUGGCAACUGAGCUCCUGAAGACUCUGAGCAGUAAGAAGAAGGAGAUCUUGAUGGCCCACUCCAUCCCUAAAGCAGCUCUCUAUGUCAGAUCUCUCUUUCCCAACUUGUUCUUCGCCAUCAUGGCAACAGGAGUCAGAAACACUGCAGCUGUGGAGAUGCCUGAUGAUUGAAGGACAUUGGUUUUUACUAGAGCUGUAUAGUAUUAAAAAUGUGCCACUGUGCUGUAGUUCUUAAAUUAGAAGAAAACUUUCAAGUCAGUAUGACUGUGGAUUUGCUGUGACUUUGUGAGUCUUGGAAAAAACAAAGAAAUAAAUAUGAAAUCAAUCAA